GCCAAUUAUUGGUUGCGAAAUGAAGCUGUGAAAAAGGGAAGCUUAAGAAAACAGUAGUUACGCUCGUUCUGGUCACAGUCACAGUUGUAUUUUAACAGAUUUGCAACGAAUUCAGAUCUGGUCGCUUCGAAUUGAGCACCAUGGGUUGCUUCUAUUCGAAGAAAUCUAAAAGAAAGUCUGGAGGAAAAGAGGAUCCUGCGCUGACAACGAGUGUCGACGAUGCAGGUAACACGGUUCCCCUUGGCAACAACGUCGACGAGGCGCCGAAGCAAUACAGCUGGGAUAAGAGAGAAAAGGUUGACCCAAAGGACUACAUGCUGACUGGGCUCCGAGACGUCACAGCGGGUCGGCUGUCUGGAAAACUGAACGGGCAGCAGUUUGUCAUCCAAGAGUGUGAGAACUGCAACAUCUACGUGUUUGACCACUCAGCAGCUAUCACCAUUGAUGACUGUGUCAACUGCCGCAUUUUCCUAGGCCCUGUAAAGGGAAGUGUGUUUUUCAGAGAUUGUAAAGACAUCAAGUGUGUGGUGGCCUGUCAACAGUUUCGCACACGGGACUGCAAAAAGUUGGAAGUUUUCCUCUGCUGCGCCACACAGCCCAUCAUUGAGUCAUCUACGGGGAUGAAGUUUGGCUGCUUUCAGUACUUCUACCCCGAACUGGCCUUCCACUUUAAGGAUGCUGGCCUGAGUAUAUUCAACAACAACUGGAGCAACAUCCACGACUUUACGCCAGUGUCGGGGGAGAACAACUGGAGCUUGUUGCCAGAGGACUCAUCAGUUCUGGAUUUUGUUCCAGCACCUGACCCUGAGUCAGAAUUCAAGUCUAUUCGAAUGUCCACUGACCCCUCGCGGAGCAUUGUGCCUUUGACAAAGGGAGGGAGGCGGAAGGGCAGCGAGGAGUCUUGUCUUUUUGUUUUCUUUGCUGGAGAAUACUCCACAGCAAAUGCCCGCAAACUGAUUGAUGAGGCAACUGCUAACGGUUUUGUGCUUAUCCAAACGAAAGAGGUUUCUAUGCGGCCAGAAGAUGUGAAGCGAGUGUUUCAGAACAGCGCUGAUGAUCUGGUGGAGUGGAUCUCCAAAGGUCCUGUCAUUGCCCUCGAGCUGAAUGGUGAUGGAGUUGUAGAAGCCUGCAAGAAGGUUGCAAAUGAAGUCUUCAGUGGCACCAAGGUUUUUGUCUCUGAUAACAAAAAUACAUCUUCUCGGGAUGUCGACAGCUUCUUCAACUUUGCUGACAUGCAGAUGGGCUUGUGAAAGGUUAGCCAUCCCAACAAGCUGCCAGAGAAGAUUGAGAUGUUUUUACUACCCCCCUCUGCCACCUGUAGCUCAAGCUGAGUUCUGGUGAUAUGCCUCUCUUUUUGGGACUGUUUGAUAAUGCCUUGAAUUAAACAAGCCACUUCCAAACAUGAAAUGUUCCAACAGGAAAAGUUGAAUCUACUGUUAACCACUCAAACAUUAGAUGGGAAAAGUGCUGUGAAUAUUUAUGAUUUUAUGAAUGUUUAUCGCUUUUAUCUGUUGUAAAUGUAGCUCCAUCCUAUAAAUGUAAUUUUUAUUUAAGAAAUUGAUGUUAAUCAUGCUCUUAUACAACAAAAGCAGUGGAUGUAAACAUGAGCACAGUGCUUGGGUACCUGUGUGUGUGGUUUAGUUUAUAUAUUUUUCUGUUUUAUGAAAAGUCUGUAUUUAAAAUGCUGUAUAGUAGAUAAUUGCCAUCUUCAUUGAUUGGGUUUAGGCCAAAGUCAGAUUUAGAAAAUGACUGGACUGUGCUUUCUGGUCGGAUCAUUUUGUUAGCUGUAAACCUGCAGAACUUAGCUGACAUUUUUGAUGAAGAUUCUUUUUAAAAGUUUGUAUUAUACUUUACUGGAUGUCUUUAUAUAUAGAAGCAGAUUCAUACCCAAUAUAUAUUUUUAUAUUUUGUACUUCUAAGAACAAAAUGACUAGAUGUCUAAUCUGAGCCUGCAGUGUCCAUCUUGGUAAAGCAUGUUAGAUUUAGUCACUAUAACAUUGGGACAUUGUUUUAUGCUGACAGAGACGGAUGAUCUGGUCAUCAGGGUGAAGGGAAGCAUUCUUUUCCUCUUUUUAAGCACAGCAUUUUCUUUUUUCAUAGCCAUAUAUGUCACUAGCUGUUUGAAGCUGCUCGUGUGGUUGCUGCAGAUUUGUAAAAAUCUGCUCAUCUUUAGCUGCUGUCUUUAGUAACGUGAACACACAUUGUUUGUGUUGUAUACCUGUUCUGUUUUUUCCAUCCCCAGAAAAGUGAAUUAUGAAUUUUCUCAAGGAGUUUCAGUGCUAAAACUGUUCACUGCCGUCAAGCCAGCCCUCGUUCGGAAACAAGUGUCAAGCCAGCCCUCCUUCGAUUUUUACGGGCGCAACUACAAGAGCAAUUUCGGUGUCCUCAUUCGAGAGUGUCUUUCAAAAAUAAAAGCGCUCUUCUAGGAUGUGUGUCUGAACGUGCUAAUGAACACUUUUUCUGUAUGUGUUACAUUUUGUCUAAGACAAAACUGCAUUUUUAAUGAUUUUAUCUAUUAAAAGAAUACUUUUAAUGAAAACGAUUAAAAAAAAUUCUGUAACGUGUGCAAGAUAAAACUACAUUGUUAAUGAUUUUAUCUAUUUUAAAAAUACAUUUAAUUAAAAGAACGAACACAA